GCCAAUACCUUGACAUCUUGGCGAUUUCGUGUGAUAGUUUCCACCCUCAGGUCAACAAGGAGAUAGGCCGUUACCAAGGUAGUAAGAACCACUUGCAGAGCCUCCAGACAGUGCGAGAUCUAUGCUACACAUACAAGGUGGCGUUUAAGAUCAAUACGGUGGUGAAUUCUUGUAACAAAGACGAGGAUAUGGCGGGAAAUAUCUUAAAUCUGGAACCAUGUCGAUGGAAAGUGUUCCAGUGUUUGUUAAUCGGCGGUGAAAACGUCGGGAAACAAGCACUGAGGCAGGCAGAGACAUUUGUCGUCUCGGAAACAGAAUUCCAGACAUUUCUUGACCGGCACAACCAUGUGAAGUGUCUGGUACCAGAGUCUAAUGAAAAGAUGAGAAACUCGUACCUCAUUCUGGAUGAAUACGUAAGUAUACUGUCAGGUUUCUUACAAUGGACUACAUUAAUCUAGACCCUGUCUACCACUAGACACACUAAUCCCUAAUCGAGACCCUGUCCACCACUAGACACACUAACCCCUAAUCGAGACCCUGUCCACCACUAGACACACUAACCGGUAAUCGAGACCCUGUCCACCACUAGACACACUAAUCCUUAAUCUAGACCCUGUCCACCACUAGACACACUAAUCCUUAGUCUAGACCCUGUCCACCACUAGACACACUAACCCCUAAACCUAACCCUGUCCACCACUAGGUACCCUAACCCGUAAUCGAGACCCUGUCUACCACUGGGAACCCUUACCCGUAAUCGAGACCCUGUCCACCACUAGACACACUAAUCCCUAAUCGAGACCCUGUCUACCACUGGGUACCCUAACCCGUAAUCGAGACCCUGUCUACCACUGGGAACC